AUGGACGUCUCCACAGCCUUACCAACCUCUGCCGCCUCGAAAACCCCACAGAAGCAGCAUCUAGAAACAAUGAGCGCCUACCAGUUUGUGCUCACUUUCCUCUUCAUGGGUCCUUUCUUUUCUUUUCUUGUCAUCUUCCUCCUCUUCACCUCACUCUGGUCACUCUCUGUUCUCUACUUGGUGUGGCUCUACCUAGACUGGGACACACCUAAGCAAGGUGGAAGACGUUCUAAGUGGUUGAGGAACUGGACAAUUUGGAAGCUCCUGAGGGAUUAUUUUCCAAUCAAGCUGGUGAAGACAGUAGAGCUGCCCCCUGACAAGAACUACAUUCUGGGUGCUCACCCACAUGGGAUCAUGUGCACCGGGAUCUUCUGUAAUUUUGCCACGGAGGCCAAUGGCUUCUCCCAACACUUCCCAGGGAUUCAGCCCUGGUUUGCUGGGCUGUCUAGCCUCUUCUGCCUUCCAGUCUACCGAGACUACAUCAUGUGUGCUGGAGCAUGUCCUGUCAGCCAACAGAGCCUAGACUUUAUCCUGGCCCAGCCCCAGCUUGGGCAGGCCGUGGUCAUCGUGGUUGGAGGUGCUCAGGAGGCCCUGCAUUCGGUCCCAGGGGAGCACUGUCUCAUACUCCGGAAACGCAAGGGCUUCGUGCGCCUGGCACUGAGGCACGGAGCCUCCCUGGUGCCUGUGUACUCCUUUGGGGAGAAUGACAUCUUCAGACUGAAGGCUUUUGCCACUGGCUCCUGGCAGAAUCGGUGCCAGAUAGCCUUCAAAAAGCUCAUGGGCUUUUCUCCUUGCAUCUUCUGGGGCCGCAGUCUCUUCUUGACCAACUCCUGGGGACUGUUGCCCUUUUCUGUGCCCAUCACCACUGUGGUGGGCCGCCCCAUCCCUGUGCCUCAGCGCUCUCAUCCCACCACAGAAGAAGUUGACCACUAUCACACACUCUACAUAAAGGCUCUGCAGCAACUCUUCGAGGAGCACAAGGAAAGCUGUGGUGUCCCUGCUUCUACCUGCCUCACUGUCAUCUAG